AUGACAAUAAGUAAGCGGUCUUCACAGAGUAAAACAUCGCAUGAUGAUGAAGAUUCUUUAGAACCCAGUUCCAAUAUUCAUGAUAACGAUAAUUCUGUAUCAACAGAACUUGAACCACAAUCAAAAAAAGCUAGAAAAGGUGGUCCUAAAUUUGAUGAAGUAUGGCAGUAUGUUAUUAAAGGUGUGCAAGUAAAUCCAGGACACUAUGAGGCAACAUGCCCCUAUUGUAAUAAUUGCUGGCCAAGGGGUAAGCCAUGUGAUUUAAAAGCUCACCUUGCAGUUCAUUGCUCAAGUGUACCUGAAGAUGUUCGAAAAUAUUG